GCCGUGGAGACGCAAGGACGCGCCGCCACAGCCACCGCAGCCGCAGCUGUGAGCCGCAGGCACCAGCACGAGUGGUGGCGGUGGUGGCAGCAGCAGCAGUAGCAGUGAGUUAGAGAUAGAGGGGAGGCUGCUGUUGCUGUAGCAGUGAGAGAGAGUCUCUCUCUCGCUCUCUCCGUGUGGCCAUUGAUUCAGUUUGGUUUGCUUGUUCUUGUUGUUGUUCUUCUUGUUGUUGUCAGAUUGAAGAUGUCUCUGUCCACGCCGGAGCUGCCAUUCUUGCCCGGGAACUCCUUCAGGGACCCUGCCAAGCCCAGGUUCCAUCGGCUGCAGACGCUGGACUACAGAAAUGGGUACGCGCAGCCACGGGUGGCGAGCGCCGGCGUGGGCACAGAGGCACCACAGUGGGGUCCGACGCAAGUGCAGCCCUCGUUGGCCGAGCUGGAGGAGAUGGCCACGCAGCAGGCCCUUCUUACGUAUGGGCCACCCCGCCAGCCACCACCACCGCCGUUCGUGCCUGCGCACGUCAUCUGGGACAAGAAGGUGCUGCGGUUCGAUGCCUACUUCAAGCAGAAUGCGGACGAGUAUUCUGACGAAGACGGAUUCAUUCGUCCGGUCAUUAUAUACUAUUACCUGGAGGAUGACAGCAUGGUGGUGAUGGAGCCCCCGGUGGAGAACUCUGGUCUGACGCAGGGGAAGCUCAUGAAGAGGCAGCAAAUGCCUAAGAACAACGAGGGGCACACUUGGCACUGGAAGGACCUCAAUGUGGCGACCAGCAUCACGAUGUACGGCAAGACUUUCCACAUCAUCAAUUGCGACCGCUUCACUGCCGAUUUUCUGCAGAGCGAGGGGAUAUUGCUGAAUGAGCCAGAGGAGAUGCCAUCAAAUCCACGCCAGGAGAUGCCUCCGCCAGCUCCGGCUGCCCCAAUGCAAACCGCCUUGGACAAGCUCGGCCAGUUUCUCACCAUGGACCGCAAGGUGCUGAGGUUCUACUGCGUAUGGGAUGACAAGGAGAGCGGCGAGGUUCGGCCCGUGGUGCUGCAGUACUACCUGGUGGACGACACGCUGGAAGUGCGAGAGGUUCACCAACCCAACGAUGGCCGGGACCCCUUUCCCGUGCUCCUGCGACGACAGCGCAUCCCCAAGGAUCGUGGCUCCAUCAGCCCUACGUUCCCAUCGUGCGUCCUGGAGCUGUCAGACCAGGAGGUGUCGAGGUGGCUCUCGCCCAAGGAUCUGGUCCUCGGGAAGGAGGUGGAGGUAAUGGGACGCCGCUUCUUGCUGUACGACGCGGACCGUUUCACCAAGGACUUCUACCAGAAAUACCUCAAGAUGUCAGAUGUCACUCCCGUGGAACCGCCCCAGCAGUACCCCUCGUACUCCAUCACACGGGAAAUUCCACCAUACAAUGGGCUUGGGUCCCUGGAGGACUCGCUGCAAAACUGCCUCACUCUGGUGCCGCAGCCGCCCAAGAAGGAUGUUGUUAAAAUGCUGGAGAACAACGGCAAGGUGCUGCGAUACGAGGCUGUGCUGGACUCUGUGCGGGCAGUUGAGAAAGGACGGCGGUUUAUCAUCUCGUACUACUUGUCCACGGACGCGGUCAGCAUUUACGAGCCACCCGUUCGUAACUCCGGUAUCGUGGGCGGCAAGGUGCUGGAGAAGACACGCAUCUCCAAGCCCGACACCUCCACCGAGAGCCCGGAGUACUACGGACCAGCCGACUUUGCCAUUGGCGCUACUAUUCACGCUUUUGGGCACAGGUACAUUAUUACCGAUGCUGACAAAUACGUCCUCAAGUUUUUAGAGGAGAAUGCUGCAAUGAUCCCAGAAGCAACUCUCAAGACCUUCCAACAGAAGCACGACACAGCAAACUAUGAGGAGCGAGAGCCACUGGAUACUGAAGCAUCGGCCACGGUGCAGGAGCAGUAAUAGCACAAUGAUUCCCACUGCCAUCCUGCUUCUCCUCUGUAGCUUUCAAAUACUGCAAUACGAUUGAAAUACAGUAAUUUCAAAUCGCAUUGUUGGAGCCCUAUACUCAGGGCUUAAUUUCCCACUGAAUGAUUUCUGGGUCACCAGUAGACUUGAGUAUGCACAUGAAUAGUAGUGACAUCCGCAGCGAUAGGUAAACUGUAUGUGGUGUGCCGGAUGCAACUCAGACAGUUCCAGCUGAAAUCAGGCCCUGCUUAUACCAUAUUUGAGUCAUAUUGCAAUGUGGGCGCCGACUAACUACUGUUAUCUUUUCAAAUUUAAUCAGACUUGAGAUUCGAAAACCAUACCUUUAUUUCAUUUUAAUACAUAUAUAUGAAACACAAACUGAACGCCACAUUAUUUAAAUCAGCACAGGAAGUCAAAACGAACUUUGUAAACUCUGGAGGUUCUCUUGAACAUUAAAAUAUUAAUAUCAGUUAAUAUGCUCUCUAGCAUCUCAUUACAUGGAUGCAUUUAAACUAGCAAACUUGCGUACAUACUUAUGACAGCUGCAGGCUUGUUUUAUUCCCCAAGUUUUAAUAUAAACCGGUAAAAAAAUAAUUCACCACUGAUGUUAGCCAUAGCUGGUAAUUAAACUUAAGUCAUUAGGUUCAAAGUUCAAUGCGCUAAGCACUGCAUUAUUACUUCACCCCACAUAUAUUGUAAUAAAUAGAGUAUUUAAUAGAAAUAGGCACCUUGUUAGCAUGUAUGUGUUGCAUUGGAAAAUGCUGUUUGCAUUUUUUUCUAAAGUUUUGCAGUGCUACACAUUUUGGCAUUGAUGUGUGCUGAUAUGUAGUUUUUGUGAAAUGAUUAGAAAUGGUUGAGAAAAUAUUUGUCUUCAGCUGUUACUUUGGUAUUUUCUGUAUCUUUUAUAGUUCAUACAGAGAAGUGCAUAACGAAAUCCCACGUGGUACAAUAAUGGAAAUAAGUGUAAACUUUUCCCCUUUUCAGGGAUAAAUUGGUGAGAAAUGUAUCCAAAACAUGAUGCAAUAACUUGCUCCUGAUCAAGACUGUGGAGGGAUAUUUUAUUCCAGAAAGAAGCAGACAGAAGAGCAGGCGUAAUGUUCCCUCUCAAUCAUGGUACACACUGAUAAUAGUCCUGCAAUUCAUUAUUAUCGGUGAACUUCCUCUACAGCAGCUUCACAUUACAGUGUACUGCUAUGUUUACAUGCACAAUGUGUUUCAGAAAAUCCAAAGGCAAUACAAAAAUGAAUAUUGUG